AUGUGUGACCAGCAGCAGAUUCAGUGUUGCCUGUCGCUCCCCCAGUGCUGUGUGAAGAAUUCCUCCUUCAACCCCUCCCAGUCCCCCAGUGCCAAGAGUCAGGUGGUAGUCCAAGUCCCCUGUGAGAUGCAAAUUGUGCAGUGUCCUGCACCAUGCCCAGCUCAAGUUUCCCAGGUAAAAUGCCAGGCUCCAAGCCAGUCCCAAACUAUGCAGGUGAAGUGCCAGGCUCCAUGUCAGUCUAAGACCACACAAGCAAAGUGCCAGGCUUCAAGUAAGUCUAAGACCACCCAGGUGAAGUGCCAGGCUCCAUGUCAGUCUCAAUUCUCCUGUGUUCAAUGCCAGGGCCCAUGCCAGCCUGAGGUUUCCUAUGUGCAGUGUGAAGCUCCAUGCCCUGCUCAGACCUGCUAUGUAGAAUGUGCUCCCGUUUGUUAUACAGAAACUUGUUACCUGGAAUGCCCAGUCCAGACCUUUGUACCCCGUCCAGCUCCUCAGCCUGUCCAGACUUAUGUGGCUUGUAGCCCAGAUUCCCAGACUCAGGGAAGAUUCUCAACCCAGUGCCCGUAUCAGGGAUCCCAAGUCACAUACACCCCGCAGCGUCAGUCCCCCGCUUCCUACAGCAACUGCACUCCACAUUUCCGAUCUGGGGCUUCCUACAGCACCUGUAACCCACAGUUCCAAUCGGGGACUUCUUAUAGGAACUGCACCCCUCAGCGUCAGUCUCGGGCUUCAUUUAGCACUUGUGCACCUCAGUGCCAGACACGAGAGUCUUACGGGAGCUUCCCUGUCCAGCGUCGCUCCCAGAGCACCAGCAGAUGCCUCCCUCCUCGCCAGCAGCAGCCUUCCUACCACAGCUGUUCACCUCCAAGACGGUCUGAGCCCUACAGCAGCUGUUUGCCAUCAGCAUCUUCUUCAAGUUCCUAUAACUACUGCACCCCACCACGUCGCUCUGAGCCCAUCUAUAGCAGUGGCUGUCCUCAGGAUCCCACUUCAGGCUGCUCUAGGAGAUGUGGUCCCAAGUGCCGGGUAGAGAUUUCCUCCCCGUGCUGCCCCAGGCAGGUGCCCCCACAAAAGUGUCGGGUUCAGAUUCCUCCCAUCAGACGCUGCCCUGAGAGCUGUGCCCCACGACCCUCCUGGGGCGCCUCCUGCCCAGAGCUGAGGCCUCGUCCACUCCCAAGCUUCUGUCCAACACGGCGUCUGGAUCAGAGUCCAGAGAGAUCACUGCAGCGAUGCCCGCUUCCUGCUCCACGUUCAUGUCCACGUCCUGCUCUACGGCCAUAUCCACGCCCAGAGCCACGUGCAAGGUCAGAGCUCCAUCCAUGUCCUCCACUGCGGCGUCGUUCAGAACCCUGUCUGUGUCCGGAACCACAUCCAGCCCCGUGUGCAGCCCCACAUCCCAGAUCAGUGCAGCGUGAAUUUCCCGAAUCACGUCCAUGUCCACAGCCCUGUGAGCACCCAGAACCUUCCUCACUUCCAGAGCCAAUUCCUCUUCCAGCACCCUGCCCAAGCCCAGAGCCAUGUGUGGAGCCUAGAUGCUAUCCCAGCCCAAGUUCAGGACCAAAUGCAAUCCCAUGCCCCGGAGACCUAGGCUGUCAUGAGUCCAGCCCAUGCCGCCUGGACACCGAGGCCCCCAGCUGUGGCCCAACUGGUUCUAACCAGUGGCAAGGAAGUGGUGACAGCUUUGGACCUUGUGAUCGGAUUCCAGAGCCACAGGGUUUCAGUGAUUGUGGAGACCAAGGAGCCACCUGUGUUGGAGUGAAAGGAGGUUCCUCUGCUGGAACAAAGGGUGCUUAUUUUUAA